AUGUCGUCCUACCCUCAUCCUUUUGUCAACCUCCUGAGCUGUGCCUUCGCACCGCAAGAGCCAGUCCAACACCAGCAGGCGUCGGUGGAUCAGGCCGAUGUCAAAGCGGAAGAGCCAGUGCUGCAGGAGCCGACAGGUCAAGACCCCGGCCGGCGUGAGGACCUGCCUGGUGCUCGUGAGUACAUCAUCCAGCCCCCCUCAUAUGUAGCCUUCUAUGAGAACCAGCAACAGGAUCAGAAAGAGCCGGAAGCCGCCCACCCCGAUGUUCCAUCCCAGAAGCAGUCGUUGGAGGAGCUCGCAUACUCCGGGCUGCAGUAUAUGGAGCAGACGUGGCCGGGAGCAGGCACACACCAGGACAUGAUCCCGCCCCCGGAUCAGCAAUGGGCGGUAGCUGCACCCCUCGAGACCCACCACCAGGGCCAACCCCCACCGGGAGCAGCCUCCCCCAGCGCUCGGGAACAGAAUCGAGCCCCAACUGCCGCCGCGGCUGCAGGGCGCACCCCCUUGGGUCGAUUCCUGCGCAGCGGUCGAUACCACUACGUGCGCGACAGCAUGGAUAGAUAUAUCUGCACCUUUGAGGGGGCCGAUGGGCAACCCUGUCAAGCUGUUUACGGCAGUCUGGGUGGGGUCUAUAAGCAUCAUCACCGGGCCCAUGAGCCGAAGAAGCUCCACCAGUGUCGGAUCUGCGUGCAGAAUCUGUUCUUCUCUACCCACAGACAGUAUAUCCGGCAUAUGCAGUGUGUUCAUCCGGAGUAGAUGGCUGAGUCUUGGCUGAAGAUGGACCAAUAGAAGGUCCC